UUAUUAAUAAAUUUUAAUUUAUUCCAAGAAGAUAUUACAAGUGAAUGAAAAUAAUUUCAAACUGAUGAUGAUACUCUAGCAUCGACUCUCGUCAUAAUUGUUUGUAUAAUCCCGCCCCAACUAUACAGAUGCUUCGUUGAUGCUUAUAAAAGCACUUGUCUGCAAAUUUAUAACAUUCAGUUUGUUAAUUCUGUCACUGUGUGACAAUCUUUACCAAGUUUUAACUAUAAUUUUGUCUUUUUUUUUCAAUACUCCAAACCUCAACAAUGAUGCAGUAGUUUUUUCUUUUUUUUUUUUUCUAUAAAUUCUCCUUUAUUUUUUCAGUGAUUAAUUAAUAAUUAUUGUGAAUAGUUUAAUAAAAAAAUUAAUUAUCAUUAGUUAUUAUUUGCUGUGAAAAAAUUAUAAAUAUUUUAUACAUUUGUAAAAAUUAAAUUAUUAAAAUGCUGCUUGAUUCAAGCAGUGAUGAUGAUGUAUUUAAAUCAAAAUAUUAUCCAAUAAAUACAAUGAAUAGUACAAACCUAGAAAAAUUUCACGAAACGGAAGAAUUUUUAGAAAAUAAUAAAAUUUUUAAAAAUAAUAAUUACUAUAAUAAUAAUAAAAUUAAUAAUAAAAAUAUAUUCAAUAAUAAUAAUAGUAGUUUUAAAAUUAAUAAUAAUGAUGAUAAUAAUAAUAAUGAUAGUAAUAAUAAUAAUAAUAAUUACAAUAAUAACUAUGAAGAUAAAUUGAAUGAAAAAACUUUUUAUGAUGAUGAUAAUGAAAUUCAAACACCAUCGAGUUAUUCAUCAAAUUGUCAAGGAAUAAUAGCUCAGUGUAUGGUGGUUGCUGCGGUGCUUGCUGUGACAGCAAGUGCUGGUAUGCCCAUUGGUUACAGUGCCAUACUAUUGCCCCAAUUAAACAACACAAAUUCAACUUUAAAAAUUAACGAAAAUCUUGGCUCCUGGAUAGCAUCAAUUCAUAGUUUAUCAAGUCCAAUUGGUUCAUUAUUAUCUGGACCACUAUUGGAUUUAAUUGGUAGAAAAACACUUUUGCAAAUAGCAACAAUACCACUUUGUCUUGGCUGGAUUUUAAUUGGAUUUUCAAGUACUCAACAUAUAUGGUUAAUGCUUGUUGGAAGAAUUUUUUGUGGUACUGCUGUUGGAUUAACUGCUGUUGCUGGACAGGUACUAGUUGGUGAAUGUUCUGAUGCUGGAAUUCGAGGAUUUCUCAUGAGUCUAUUGAUGGUUGCAUACAGUAGUGGUAUCGCAAUUGUUUACAUACUUGGUGUAUUCAACUGGAGAACAGUUGCAUUUUCAAGUAUUAUUUUACCAAUAAUAGCACUUAUUUCAAUGACAUUUAUAACUGAAAGUCCAGCUUGGCUUGUUAAACAUAAUAAAAUUAAUGAAGCUAAAUUAGCACUACUUUGGCUACGUGGAAAUGAUGAAAAACAAGUUAAUUUGGAAUUGACAAUUCUUGAAAAUAGAUCAAAUACUGAUUUAUUUAUUAAAAAAAAUAAAUCGAAAAUUAAUAUUAUUAAAUUGAUAACGAAUAUAACAAGUGGUAUCAAAACAAAUAUAUUUCAUUUGGAAAUAAUAAAACCACUUGUUAUUAUUAAUUUAUUUUUUUUACUUCAAGUAUUAUCUGGAACUUAUUUAAUUGUUUUUUAUGGUGUUGAUAUUAUACGUGAUAUUGGUGGUGAAGAAAUUGAUAAUUAUAUUGCUGGUAUAUUGAUGGCAGUUGUUAGAAUAAUUUGUUGUGGAAUAUCAUGUAUUUUAUUUUUAAAAAUUGGACGUCGUACAAUUGCACUGAUAUCAGCAAGUGGUACAGCAUUAUCAUCCCUUAUUCUUGCUGGUUUUUUUAUGAAAAAUAAUGACUCAUAUAUUGAUAAAUAUAUUGUUAUUAUUUGUGUAUUCAUGUACGUGUGUUUGAAUACAAUUGGAUUGAUGACACUGCCAGGAUUACUAAUUGGUGAAUUACUUCCUCAACGUGCACGUGGUGUUGGUGGUGGAUUUACAAUGUUUUUAUUUAAUUUUGCACUUUUUGGUGUUGCUAAAAUAUUUCCAAUGAUUAAAAAUGCAAUUGGAAUUGCUGGAGUGUUUGGAAUAUUUGGAAUUGCUGCAUCAUUGGAAACUCUAUUUACUUGGCUAGUUUUGCCAGAAACUAAAAAUCGUACACUUCAAGAUAUCGAAGAUUAUUUCAAGGAUGGAAAUAUUCUCUGGAUAAGCAAAACAAGACGAAAGUGUUAAUAAAAAUAUCUUCAAUAAAUCAAUUUCUUUUUUAAAUAUAAAUAAUAUUAUAAAAUAUACACACUCACUAGUAUAAAAACAAUAAUAAUUUACAUUUUUUUUAGUAAAUUUAGAACUGAUAGAAAUAUUGUUUUAGUAUUAACAAAAAAAAAAAAAAAAAUAGAAAAAAAAAAAAAC